GCCCCAAAGUACAUAGUACAUACCGGUUCUUUCUUUUCAUUUGAACGGUUCAGCACGUAUGGCUCAAGUACUCUAGAUGGAGCACAUACCAGCAUCUGGAUACUUAGCAAUACCGUGAGUUGAAUCCUACCAAAAGUAAAACGGAUCUUGAACUAGACCAUCAUGAAUUUGUCUGAGCAAUUUCGCCGUGACUCGGCCAGACAGACACUGAAACUGUGGCCGUCCACAACACACAGCGAGGUUAACGCUGGAUGGUUCUCACUUCUUCGGCCAGCUCAAGAAGACGUCGACAAGUCCACCGAGGCUGUUGGUCUAUUCUUGUUACCUUUGACCAUAAACAAGGACAACAUCAACGCCAAAUUGGCCGACAGAGUUAUUGCCAUUAGAAGGCGCUUCUUGGACUUCAAGAAAACCCGACCGGAGAGGCAUGCCAUCCGAAAUCUUCUUGGGGUGCUCGCUUUUCGACUGGGCAAAUUCGAUGAAGCUCUGGAAUAUUUCGACAAAGUUUUGUUAGAGGGUGAAGAUCCAGAUAAUCUGAAUGCCCUCGCAAACCGAAAAUAUAUCUGUGAGAAACUCUUUCUGUUUCCAGAGGCCAAGGAGUGCGAGCAGAGGAUUACUGACCUACUUCAAAAUGGUUUAGAAAAUCGGAGUAAAUAUAGAAAGCUGAAAGCGCGCCGUUUGGCUGAGCACGCUUUCGCGUACUUAUUCGAGCUCUUCGAAGAAUCUGUGACAUUUGAAAAGUACGAGAGAUCAAGUGCUCUUUAUAAGGAAGCCAUUGAUCUUGCCGGAGAUUUAGUUAGCCAAGACGAAAUGGAAGACUGGUUGUUCGCCUCGGGGAUGGCUUCUUACCUCAUCUAUAAAAGAAUUAGAAGAGGGGGGCUGCGACAACAUGAAUGCAGAGAUCGCUUUCAAGACGCAGUGAACAAGUUUGUUAAGGUUACACAGAUGUGUCAAGACGGCCUUAUCCUCGGUGACAGCUGGAGAACUCUUGGAGAACUCUUCGGAAAACAGCAAAACCACCUUCCGUUGGUCCCCGACAAGUUUCAAAGUUAUGUUCGUCAUCCUGAGCAAUGUUUUAAAAAGGCUUUGUCAGUAUCACAAGACAACCCUCGAAUAAUCGCAAGAUACGCAGAUUAUUUACAAGGACAUUCUCGAAGCAAAGCAUUAGAGUUACUGGACCAGUCGAUCGAAAAGGACUCAACUGUGUUUAAUAUUCGUGCGUACUACAUCAGAGCAAAAAUUUACAUGGAACAAUUCGAGAAAGAUGAGAACAUUUCCUCACUAGAGAAAGCCGAAGAGGCUUUGGAUGUUACUCUCGAAUAUUCAUUUACACCAUGGCAUCUAGAAUUGAAGGCCAAGGUAUUUUAUUUAAAAGCCAAACAUCAGACAGGAAUAGGAAGGCAGGCUAACCUGCAAAAGGCGCUUCUUUUUUGUGCCAAAGCUGUCUCCUGCCAAGAUGGCCAAAGCCGACCAGAUGUUCAUAAACUGCGUGGGGAGUGUCUGUGCGCCCUGGGACAACACAAGAUCGCACUAGGGUGCUUCAAGCGCGCCAUUGAGUGUGAAUCCGCGGCUAGUUUGUAUCUGGGAAGUGUGGAUCUUCUUGUUUGCGAAUACGAACACAUCUUACUAUCCACUCCAGCUCCCCUACCGCCCGAUUCUCCAUUGCUUGCUGGCAUGGUUUACUGGCUUCACCAAGCGGCACAACUGUGUCUCGCUGCACGAAAAAAACUUCAGUCGCUGUCUAAAAUCCAACAGCUUCCCCGACAUUGGAUACGAUUCGUCAUGUACUGUCACGAUAACAAACACAGCCAAAAAUACGAAACUAUCAAACUGGCAGCUGCACACGGGAGUAAAAGUGGUCCAUCUGGUCCGCACCGCCGACGGAUGUCAUGCCACGAAAUAGAUGAAGGGUUUUGCCGACCUAAAUUGCCCGACAGAAGUCGGCGUAACAGUUUUCCUGGAACAGAUGCUUUUUUUCAAGAACCGUUUAAAUGGAUUCCCUCAACAGUUACUGCAACCGAUCUUGAUGAAUCCCAGUUGAUCUCUCAUCAUUCCAAACCCGUCGAUGGGGAGAUCGACGAAGAUUCUAAAGACCUUCCCUUCUCAACAAAAAAGGAAUAUAAUACCUUAACAUUCACAGUAUUUUGGAAUCCCAAGACUAGAAAGAUUGAAAUCAAGACAUUACCAUCACUCUCCGAUACUGAAACAGACGAUGUAACAAGCAAACAUGUUAAAGCUGCACCUGAAAAUUCCCUUAAUCGCAAACUUACAUACGACUUCUUCGUCAUAUACAGUGAAGAUGCUUCGGAAUGGGUUCUACACGAGUUACUUGAAGAACUGGAAGGGAGUGGUCUUAAAGGUUGCGUCAAAGACCGUGACUUCACUCUUGGCGAAUACCACAUAGAAAACUGCUCGAAAAGAAUAAAGGAGAGCGUUUGUACUAUCAUAGUUGUCACCAAAGGCUUCAAGAAAGGUGAUGAAUUCCAUGGAAUGAUUAUGGCCUUGAAGGAAGGAAAACCGGUGAUUCCAGUGCUAAGGGGGGAGAGGGUCUUACCAGCACCUCUGACAGGACGAACAUGCCUCGAUGCCACGGGUGCUGUCGACUGGGCUAGAUUACAGAGAAAUAUUGAACAGGCGAUUGCAGCUGUGAACAUCAACGGUUCUUGAAAUGAGCGAGCCAUUAGAUAACUUAGCUACUCCCUUACUAGCAUAAGAGGAAACAACAUGAAAAUGAAAUGUACAAUUAUCAUUUAAUUACAUGGAGACCACACAACUUUCAAAAAUACACUUUAUGCAACGUCCGCAAUCGAAAAGCCAUCUUUAUGCAAAAUUAUAUAUAUAUUUUAAUUUGAACAGUUUGGGGCCACUUUCAUGAAACAGUUACUGGAAAAUACAUUUCUUUUAUUUGAUAUACCUCCUCAAGCAUUCUUCACAAGUCAAUUGAUUCUAAGAGAUUUGAUGGUCAAAACCAAAGAGAGGUUAAUCCACAAUAUUCUUAAAAAUGUAAAUUAUAGAAAACGAGAAAAUAACAGUAUAUCAACUGAUACGCCCCAUUUAACUGAGAAAAAGUAUAUUUCCACAGGUGCACGUGUCCUACUUACAAUUGAGAAAUUCGAGAAACUAAUAUUGAUAAACUCAGUGAUAUCCGACUUAUUAUCGACCAUUAACUAUUUGGAUGUGUUUCUUUCUUUCCUUUGGUAAAUAUAACUUGUUCGUGUCUGUUAGGGAUUGGUUAUAAUCUCCUUUACUCUAUAAACUAACCGUCUCCAAGACAAACCAUUGUUAUAGAAUUUCCAUUGUCUCCUUGGAAAAAGUAAAACUAUACUACAAAGCAUUCGGUCUUGGAAAGGCAUAGGUCAUAAAUAUGGCGAUCACUCAAAACUUUGUCAGGACGAGUUCAAAGAACACCCCACCGGCAUAACUUCACGAAUGUAGGGGAAAAGGGACAUCUUGGUAGGAAAAACGAACGUUCUCACUGAAUGUUUACGUCAUGUUUCUGAGAGCAUGGCACUUGUCAAUGUCAAGUAAGCACAGGGCAAGUCUCAGUUUCAAACCUCAAAUGCAUGAGACACCUUCUUGUAACGUUUUUGACAUUUAUCUAAAAGUAAAAAUCUAAAUUCAAAAUGACUCGUGCAGGAAAAGAGACACUUUCGAGACACCCCAUACCAGUAAUGCUUUUUAUGUUUUAAACCUCUGAACUGCAUUUAUAAAAGCACAAAAAUCACAUCAGGCGAGGCACUUGUUCAUCAGUGCAGUUAUGCUAUAUUCAAUCUGAAUGGGACAAAAGGUAACAUUUUGUAUUCUUUAAGGCUUAAUUACAGUGAUGGAUUCUCAAUCUCCAAGACCGUUAGGUAAAAGAAAUGUUUGACAAACAACCUCAAACUUUCAGUAUUUUACAGUAUAUAAAACAGUGGCUCGAACCUCCUGCGAAUAAGAAAAUAUUCCGAGUGUAAAUUUGUCAACAUAAACUUUGAGUCC